AUGUUCUCCUCUAAGUUCCUCAGUGGGGCUAAUCCCCUGAGCGCCAUGUCCUCUGCGGUCAACAAGUUGGGCCGUUUUGGGGACGAUGUUGGAGAGGGGGAUCAGAAGAAGAAAGCCGAUUCCCAGCAGGGGGCUAAGGGGCCACAGCAGCCGGGGACGGGCCCCCUGAAAGCAGGCCAGGGUCCCCCAAAGCAGCUGGGUAACGGACAGGUGGGGAAUCCACCCAAGCCGGCCGGUCAAGCAGCCACUCAGAAGCCUGGAGCAAAGUCGGAGGAACAGUCCAAAGCUCCAGGAAAACCUGGUCCGCAACAGAAACCACAACAACAACAACAACAACAACAGCAACAAGGUUUGCCGAAGGUUGGAGUUCAGCCUCAAAGUGCAGCUAAGGGUGAACAACAGGCUUCUUCUAAGGGAGCUCAACAACAGGCCUCCCCAAAGCCUGGAUCACCACCCCAACAACAACAACACCAACAAGGACCUCCUAAGGGUGGUCUGCAACCCAAAGGGAGUCCGAGACCAGAGGCGCAGCAGCAAGCCUCAAAGACUCGAUCCCCGAUGGGGUCACCGAAGCCUGGGCAGGCGCAGAGCUCCGACAGGUCCUCACCCGACCAGCGGGCUUCUUCUGGUCCACAUGGUGCUCACCAGGGUCCAAAGGAAGCCAAGCCGGCUGGACCCAAGGCCAUGUGUCCUGUGUGUACGACUACAGAACUCAACCUGCGCAGUAAGGCGCCACCGAACUACAGCACGUGCACCCGGUGUAAGACCCAAGUGUGCAGCUUCUGUGGCUUCAGCCCCCCGGAUUCAGCGGGGAAAGAGUGGCUUUGUCUUCCCUGUCAAAUGAAAAGAGCUUCCGGAUCUCCUGAACCUGCUGUGCGUUCAAAAGUCCAGCCGUCGCCCAACAAAACCGCCACAACCCAGAAACUGACACCGAGUUCUUCUCCUCCAACCCCUAAACAAGUCACCUCAGCCCCAGGCUCACCAAACCCAACACUGUCCAAGCCAAGAGAACCCUCAUCUGUGGCAGAGGCUGCUAAAAGCCAGAAACAGUCGAGUCCAUCUCCUGGUCAGAAAACACCACAGGAGAGCCGGAAGACGUCAGGUCCUCAGAAGCCUCCAGACCAGACCAAUCAAACCGGACGAAAGCAGAGCACCCAACAGGAGUCUGGGGGCUUCUUUGGCUUUGGAGGUUCUAAGGCUCAGCCUGAUGCUGCAAAGCCUGAAGAGUCAGUCACUGGGAAGAUGUUUGGCUUUGGUUCCUCAAUCUUUAACUCUGCGUCCACCUUGAUAACCACACCACCUGUUUCUCCAAAACUGUCAGCCGCAAAGGACACCAAACCACCUGCUGUCCAGAAAGCAGAGCAAGAGAAGAAACCAGAGCAACCUCAGCAGGCCAAGGCUUCACCAUCAGUACAGGCCAAAGUGGACAAAGCUCCAUCAGAGCCUCCAAAGGCAGCAGCUUCCCAAGCUGCUCCUAAAGCAGGCCAGUCCACCUGUCCACUCUGUAAGGUGGGACUCAACAUGGGCUCCAAGGAUCCUCCCAACUUCAACACCUGUACGGAUUGUAAGAACACCGUCUGCAACCAGUGUGGAUUUAGUCCAAUGCCAAAUGUUGGGGGAAAGGAGUGGCUCUGUCUCGACUGUCAGGUGAAGAGAGCUUCAGGGGCCAUGGGUGAAGCUGGACCUCCGGUUAAACCACAGGCUUCCCCUAAUAAAGCAUUGACACAAAAGGAGACAUCUAUAAAGCUGAGCCAAAAGCAAUCAAGUCCAUCUCCUGGUCAGAAAACACCAGUGGAGAGCCAGACGAAGUCAGGUCCUCAGAAACCUCCAGAUGAAAAGAAUCAAACCGGACGAAAGCAGAGCACCCAGCAGGAGUCUGGGGGCUUCUUUGGCUUCGGAGGUUCUAAGGCUCAGCCUGAUGCUGCAAAGCCUGAAGAGUCAGUCACUGGGAAGAUGUUUGGCUUUGGUUCCUCCAUCUUCAACUCUGCAUCCACCUUGAUAACCACACCACCUGUUUCUCCAAAACUGUCAGCCGCAAAGGACACUAAACCACCUGCUGUCCAGAAAGCAGAGCAAGAGAAGAAACCAGAGCAACCUCAGCAGGCCAAGGCUUCACCAUCAGUACAGGCCAAAGUGGACAAAGCUCCAUCAGAGCCUCCAAAGGCAGCAGCUUCCCAAGCUGCUCCUAAAGCAGGCCAGUCCACCUGUCCACUCUGUAAGGUGGGACUCAACAUGGGCUCCAAGGACCCUCCCAACUACAACACCUGUACUGAUUGUAAGAACAGGGUCUGCAACCAGUGUGGAUUUAAUCCGAUGCAAAAUAAAUCAGAGGUAAAGGAGUGGCUGUGCCUCACCUGUCAGAUGCAGAGGGCUCUGGGAGCUUCUGAAGCUCCAGGACAACUAGCGGUCAAACCCCAAGCCUCCCCGAAGAAAGUCUCUCCGUCUCCUGAACCCCAGAAGAAAGUAAUCUCUGAGUCAGCCGGGUCUCCUCAAAGAAAGCAGUCAAUGCCAGCUGCAGAUCUAAACAAGGUUGAAGUGGCUAAAGGACAAGAUGGGCCGAAGCAGUCAAGUCCAUCUCCUGGUCAGAAAACACCACAGGAGAGCCGGAAGAUGUCAGGUCCUCAGAAACCUCCAGACCAGACCAAUCAAACCGGACGAAAGCAGAGCACCCAACAGGAGUCUGGGGGCUUCUUUGGCUUUGGAGGUUCUAAGGCUCAGCCUGAUGCUGCAAAGCCUGAAGAGUCAGUCACUGGGAAGAUGUUUGGCUUUGGUUCCUCCAUCUUCAACUCUGCGUCCACCUUGAUAACCACACCACCUGUUUCUCCAAAACUGUCAGCCGCAAAGGACACCAAACCACCUGCUGUCCAGAAAGCAGAGCAAGAGAAGAAGCCAGAGCAACCUCAGCAGGCCAAGGCUUCACCAUCAGUACAGGCCAAAGUGGACAAAGCUCCAUCAGAGCCUCCAAAGGCAGCAGGCUCCCAAGCUGCUCCUAAAGCAGGCCAGUCCACCUGUCCUCUCUGUAAGGUGGGACUCAACAUGGGCUCCAAGGACCCUCCCAACUUCAACACCUGCACGGAUUGUAAAAACGCUGUCUGCAACCAGUGUGGAUUCAACCCCCAGCCAAAUAGCCCAGGGGUGAAGGAGUGGUUAUGUCUCAACUGCCAGAUGCAGAGAGCAUUAGGAGCAACUGAGCCUCCUGGAACGCCUAUGAUGAAACCAGCGGGUUCAUCCAACAAAGUUCCUAGCUCAGCUGACCAACUCAAGAACCUCCAAAUUAAUUCAAAGGACAGUAAAAAGACAGUUACAGAAAUUAAAGCUGAAGCGGAGGCUGCUAAAGGGCCAGAGAUUCCGAAACAGUCAAGUCCAUCUCCCGGUCAGAAAACCCCACAGGAGAGCCGGAAGAUGUCAGCUCCUCCGAAACCUCCAGACCAGACCAAUCAACCUGCAAGGAAGCAGAGCACCCAGCAGGAGUCUGGGGGAUUCUUUGGCUUUGGAGGUUCAAAGGCUCAGCCUGAUGCUGCAAAGCCUGAAGAGUCAGUCACUGGGAAGAUGUUUGGCUUUGGUUCCUCCAUCUUCAACUCUGCGUCCACCUUGAUAACCACACCACCUGUUUCUCCAAAAAUGGCUGCCGCAAAGGACACUAAACCACCUGCUGUCCAGAAAGCAGAGCAAGAGAAGAGACCAGAGCAACCUCAGCAGGCCAAGGCUUCACCAUCAGUACAGGCCAAAGUGGACAAAGCUCCAUCAGAGCCUCCAAAGGCAGCAGCUUCCCAAGCUGCUCCUAAAGCAGGCCAGUCCACCUGUCCACUCUGUAAGGUGGGACUCAACAUGGGCUCCAAGGAUCCUCCCAACUACAACACCUGUACGGAUUGUAAGAACAGGGUCUGCAACCAGUGUGGAUUUAACUCAAUGCCAAAUGAAACGGGGGUAAAGGAGUGGUUAUGUCUGACCUGUCAGAUGCAGAGGGCUUCGAACGCGGCUGCAUUACCUUCAAAACCCAAUCUCUCGCCAAACAAAGUUCAAAAAGCAGCUGACCAGAGUAAUCCAUCUGUUUCAGAUGCACAGAAAAAACAAGGAGGGCUCUUUGGUGCCAUUGGUUCUAAAACACAACCUGACACUUCGAAAACAACAGAGUCUGUUACAGGGAAGAUGUUUGGCUUUGGUUCUUCAGUUUUCAGCUCAGCAUCCACUUUGUUGACCUCAUCUGCUCAGGAGGAGUCCAGUGUAACACCACCAGGUUCGCGUAAGAUGUCUGGACAAGCUCAGGGUUCCCGCAGGUUAUCAGCGGUCCCAAAGAUCUCUCCAAAUAGUACGCCCACAGGAUCUCCUAAAAUGUCCCCUUCAAAGGAAGCUAAACCACCCAAGAUGCAGACGCUGGAGGGAGAGAAGAAGCCAGAGCAGCCUCAGCAGGCCAAGGCUUCACCAUCAGUACAGGCCAAAGUGGACAAAGCUCCAUCAGAGCCUCCAAAGGCAGCAGCUUCCCAAGCUGCUCCUAAAGCAGGCCAGUCCACCUGUCCACUCUGUAAGGUGGGACUCAACAUGGGCUCCAAGGAUCCUCCCAACUUCAACACCUGCACGGAUUGUAAGAACACUGUCUGCAACCAGUGUGGUUUCAAUCCCCAGCCAAAUGUAGCAGAGAAGGAGUGGUUAUGUCUCAACUGCCAGAUGCACAGAGCACUAGGAGCAUCAGAGCCUCCUGGAACUCCAUUCAUGAAACCACCGCCAUCACCCAGUAAACUGCCAGCUGCUCCUGAUACCCAGAAUAAGGACAUCCCAAAACCACAUAAACCUCAGGAGAAAGAAACAGCCCUGCACGAUGAACAAAUCAAGAAGGAAGCUUCAACAACUAUAUCUACUCCGGGGAAACAGUCAACACCUGCAUUGCAGCAACCCAUAUCUGUGGUUGAUAAAGAAGUCAAUAUAGAGAGUAAGAAAAACCAAGCGCCGACACAGAAAAAGCUAGUUGGGAGCAUGCCGGACAACUCAGCCUCUGCCAAACAACAGGACUCAGGAGGGUUAUUUGGCUUUGGAGGUCCUAAAACGAAUGCUGAUGCUGCAAAACCUACAGAGUCAGUUACUGGGAAGAUGUUUGGCUUUGGUUCCUCCAUCUUCAACUCUGCGUCCACCUUGAUAACCACACCACCUGUUUCUCCAAAACUGCCAGCCGCAAAGGACACCAAACCACCUGCUGUCCAGAAAGCAGAGCAAGAGAAGAAGCCAGAGCAACCUCAGCAGGCCAAGGCUUCACCAUCAGUACAGGCCAAAGUGGACAAAGCUCCAUCAGAGCCUCCAAAGGCAGCAGCUUCCCAAGCUGCUCCUAAAGCAGGCCAGUCCACUUGUCCUCUCUGUAAGGUGGGACUCAACAUGGGCUCCAAGGAUCCUCCCAACUACAACACCUGCACGGAUUGCAGGAAUACUGUCUGCAACCAGUGUGGAUUUAAUCUAAUGCCGAGUAAAACAGAGGUGAAGGAGUGGCUGUGUCUCAACUGCCAGAUGCAGAGGGCUCUGGGAGCUUCUGAAGCUCCAGGACAACUAGCGGUCAAACCCCAAGCCUCCCCGAAGAAAGUCUCUCCGUCUCCUGAACCCCAGAAGAAAGUUAUCUCUGACUCAGGGCAAGAGAGUCAAAAGCAGUUGAGUCCUGCUCCCGGUCAGAAAACACCACAGGAGAGUAGGAGGACAUCAGGUCCUCAGAAACCUCCAGACCAGACAAAUCAAACUGAACGAAAGCAGAGCACCCAACAGGAGUCUGGGGGAUUCUUUGGCUUUGGAGGUUCUAAGGCUCAGCCUGAUGCUGCAAAGCCUGAAGAGUCAGUCACUGGGAAGAUGUUUGGCUUUGGAUCUCAAAUCUUUAGCUCUGCAUCCACCUUGAUAACCACACCACCUGUUUCUCCAAAAAUGGCUGCCGCAAAGGACACCAAACCACCUGCUGUCCAGAAAGCAGAGCAAGAGAAGAAACCAGAGCAACCUCAGCAGGCCAAGGCUUCACCAUCAGUCCAGGCCAAAGUGGACAAAGCUCCAUCAGAGCCUCCAAAGGCAGCAGGCUCCCAAGCUGCUCCUAAAGCAGGCCAGUCCACCUGUCCACUCUGUAAGGUGGGACUCAACAUGGGCUCCAAGGACCCUCCCAACUUCAACACCUGCACGGAUUGUAAAAACGCUGUCUGCAACCAGUGUGGAUUUAAUCCAAUGCCGACUAAAACAGAGGAUAAGGAGUGGCUGUGUCUCACCUGUCAGAUGCAGAGGGCUCUGGGAGCUUCUGAAGCUCCAGGACAACUAGCGGUCAAACCCCAAGCCUCCCCGAAGAAAGUCUCUCCGUCUCCUGAACCCCAGAAGAAAGUUAUCUCUGAGUCAGCCGGGUCUCCCCAAAGAAAGCAGUCAAUGCCAGCUGCAGAUCUAAACAAGGUUGAAGUUGCUAAAGGACAAGACGGGCAGAAGCAGUCAAGUCCAUCUCCUGGUCAGAAAACACCACAGGAGAUCCGGAAGACGUCAGGUCCUCAGAAACCUCCAGACCAGACCAAUCAAACUGGAAGAAAGCAGAGCACCCAACAGGAGUCUGGGGGAUUCUUUGGCUUUGGAGGUUCAAAGGCUCAGCCUGAUGCUGCAAAGCCUGAAGAGUCAGUCACUGGGAAGAUGUUUGGCUUUGGUUCCUCCAUCUUCAACUCUGCGUCCACCAUGAUAACCACACCACCUGUUUCUCCAAAAAUGUCAGCCGCAAAGGACACUAAACCACCUGCUGUCCAGAAAGCAGAGCAAGAGAAGAAACCAGAGCAACCUCAGCAGGCCAAGGCUUCACCAUCAGUACAGGCCAAAGUGGACAAAGCUCCAUCAGAGCCUCCAAAGGCAGCAGCUUCCCAAGCUGCUCCUAAAGCAGGCCAGUCCACCUGUCCUCUCUGUAAGGUGGGACUCAACAUGGGCUCCAAGGAUCCUCCCAACUACAACACCUGUACGGAUUGUAAGAACACUGUUUGCAACCAGUGUGGCUUCAAUCCCCAGCCAAAUAGAACAGGGGUGAAGGAGUGGCUGUGUCUCACCUGCCAGAUGCAGAGGGCUCUACAAGCAUCUGAAGCUCCAGGACAACCUUUGGUCAAGCCUCAGGCCUCACCGAAGAAAGUCUCUCCAUCUCCUGAACCCCAGAAGAAAGUAAUCUCUGAGUCAGUUGGAUCACCCCAAAGAAAGCAGUCAAGGCCAGCUGCAGAUCCAAGCAAGGAUGAAGUUGCUAAAGGACUAGACGUGCAAAAGCAGUUGAGUCCAUCUCCUGGUCAGAAAACACCACAGGAGAGCCGGAAGAUGUCAGGUCCUCAGAAACCUCCAGACCAGACAAAUCGAACUGAACGAAAGCAAAGCACCCAACAGGAGUCUGGGGGCUUCUUUGGCUUUGGAGGUUCUAAGGCUCAGCCUGAUGCUGCAAAGCCUGAAGAGUCAGUCACUGGGAAGAUGUUUGGCUUUGGUUCCUCCAUCUUCAACUCUGCAUCCACCUUGAUAACCACACCACCUGUUUCUCCAAAAAUGGCAGCCGCAAAGGACACUAAACCACCUGUUGUCCAGAAAGCAGAGCAAGAGAAGAAACCAGAGCAACCUCAGCAGGCCAAGGCUUCACCAUCAGUACAGGCCAAAGUGGACAAAGCUCCAUCAGAGCCUCCAAAGGCAGCAGGCUCCCAAGCUGCUCCUAAAGCAGGCCAGUCCACCUGUCCACUCUGUAAGGUGGGACUCAACAUGGGCUCCAAGGAUCCUCCCAACUACAACACCUGCACGGAUUGUAAGAACACUGUCUGCAACCAGUGUGGAUUUACUUCGAUGCCAAAUGAAACAGGGAUGAAAGAGUGGCUGUGCCUCACCUGCCAGAUGCAGAGGGCUCUUCGAGCCUCUGAAGCUCCAGGACAACCGUUGGUGAUAUCCCAGGCCUCCCCGAAGAAAGUCUCUCCAUCUCCUGAACCCCAGAAGAAAGUAAUCUCUGAGUCAGCCGGGUCUCCUCAAAGAAAGCAGUCAAUGCCAGCUGCAAGUGAAAACAAGGAUGAAGUUGCUAAAGGACAAGACGUGCAAAAGCAGUCGAGUCCAUCUCCCGGUCAGAAAACACCACAGGAGAUCCGGAAGUUGUCAGGUCCUCAGAAACCUCCUGGACAGACCAAUCAAACUGGAAGAAAGCAGAGCACCCAACAGGAGUCUGGAGGCUUCUUUGGCUUUGGAGGUUCAAAGGCUCAGCCUGAUGCUGCAAAGCCUGAAGAGUCAGUCACUGGGAAGAUGUUUGGUUUUGGUUCCUCCAUCUUCAACUCUGCAUCCACCUUGAUAACCACACCACCUGUUUCUCCAAAAAUGGCUGCCGCAAAGGACACCAAACCACCUGCUGUCCAGAAAGCAGAGCAAGAGAAGAAACCAGAGCAACCUCAGCAGGUCAAGGCUUCCCCAUCAGUACAGGCCAAAGACGAGAAAGCUCCAUCAGAGCCUCCAAAGGCAGCAGCUUCCCAAGCUGCUCCUAAAGCAGGCCAGUCCACCUGUCCACUCUGUAAGGUGGGACUCAACAUUGGCUCCAAGGAUCCUCCCAACUACAACACCUGCACGGAUUGUAAGAACACCGUCUGCAACCAGUGUGGAUUUACCUCGAUGCCAAAUGAAACAGGGAUGAAAGAGUGGCUGUGCCUCACCUGCCAGAUGCAGAGGGCUCUUCGAGCCUCUGAAGCUCCAGGACAACCGUUGGUGAUACCUCAGGCCUCCCCGAAGAAAGUCUCUCCAUCUCCUGAACCCCAGAAGAACGUAAUCUCUGAGUCAGCCGGAUCUCCCCAAAGAAAGCAGUCAAUGCCAGCUGCAAGUGAAAACAAGAAUGAAGUUGCUAAAGGACAAGACGGGCAAAAGCAGUCCAGUCCAUCUCCUGGUCAGGAAACCCCACAGGAGAUCCGGAAGUUGUCAGGUCCUCAGAAACCUCCAGGACAGACCAAUCAAACUGGAAGAAAGCAGAGCACCCAACAGGAGUCUGGGGGAUUCUUUGGCUUUGGAGGUUCAAAGGCUCAGCCAGAUGCUGCAAAGCCUGAAGAGUCAGUCACUGGGAAGAUGUUUGGCUUUGGUUCCUCCAUCUUCAACUCUGCAUCCACCUUGAUAACCACACCACCUGUAUCUCCGAAAAUGGCAGCCGCAAAGGACACCAAACCACCUGCUGUCCAGAAAGCAGAGCAAGAGAAGAAACCAGAGCAACCUCAGCAGGCCAAGGCUUCACCAUCAGUACAGGCCAAAGUGGACAAAGCUCCAUCAGAGCCUCCAAAGGCAGCAGCUUCCCAAGCUGCUCCAGAAGCAGGCCAGUCCACCUGUCCACUCUGUAAGGUGGGACUCAACAUGGGCUCCAGCGAUCCUCCCAACUUCAACACUUGUACUGAUUGCAAGAAUAGUGUCUGUAACCAGUGUGGCUUCAAUCCCCAGCCAAAUAGCACAGGGGUGAAGGAGUGGCUGUGCCUCACCUGCCAGAUGCAGAGGGCUCUACAAGCAUCUGAAGCACCAGGACAACCUUUGGUCAAGCCUCAGGCCUCACUGAAGAAUGUCUCUCAAUCUCCUGUACCCCAGAAGAAAGUAAUCUCUGAGUCAGUUGGAUCACCCCAAAGAACACAGUCGAUACCAGCUGCAAAAGGACAAGAUGGUCAAAAGCAGUUGAGUCCAUCUCUUGGUCAGAAAACACCACAGGAGAGCCGGAAGAUGUCAGGUCCUCAGAAAUCUCCAGACCUGACCAAUCAAACUGGAAGAAAGCAGAGCACCCAACAGGAGUCUGGAGGCUUUUUUGGCUUUGGAGGUUCUAAGGCUCAGCCUGAUGCUCCAAAGCCUGAAGAGUCAGUCACUGGGAAGAUGUUUGGCUUUGGUUCCUCAAUCUUCAACUCUGCGUCCACCUUGAUAACCACACCACCUGUUUCUCCAAAAAUGGCUGCUGCAAAGGGCACAAAACAGCCCGCUGUCCAGAACGCAGAGCAAGAGAAGAAACCAGAGCAACCUCAGCAGGCCAAGGCUUCACCAUCAGUACAGGCCAAAGUGGACAAAGCUCCAUCAGAGCCUCCAAAGGCAGCAGCUUCCCAAGCUGCUCCUAAAGCAGGCCAGUCCACCUGUCCACUCUGUAAGGUGGGACUCAACAUGGGCUCCAAGGAUCCUCCCAACUUCAACACCUGCACUGAUUGCAAGAAUAUUGUCUGCAAUCAGUGUGGCUUUAACCCCAAUCCAACUGUAGAUAAGGUGAGAGAGUGGCUGUGCCUCACCUGUCAGAUGCAAAGAGCUCUGUCAGCUUCUGAACUUGAAAAGACUCCAUGGCCGCAACCCCAGGCAUCACAAAACCAAGUGCUUGAAUCUGAACAGUGCGUCACCCCGGUCUCAUCACAAACUAAAGAUACUCCAACUCCUGGUAUCAUAGAUCAGGUUGAGGAGAAACCAACUCAUGUUCUGCCUCAGGCCACAGAGACAUCCCAUCCUGGUUUAUUCAAAGUAAAGGAGGCACCAGGACCAGCUCCGUCCCACAUCAAGGAGACCUCAAGUCCUGCUCUAUCCCAAGACAAGGACAUAACAAGUGCACUUCCGCCACAAGCAAGGGUGACUUCAACAUCUGGUCCACCUCAGGCCACAGAAAUAUCAAGUCCAGCUCUACCCAAGGCCACAGAGAUUCCAAGUCCUUCUCCACCACAGGCCAGGGAGACGCCAAGUCUUAGUACACCAAAGCCAACAGAGACACCAUGUCAUGAUCAACCCCAGGUUAAGGAGAUUCCUAGACUUAGUCCACCACAGGCUGAAGAGAAACCAAUUGCUGCUUCACCACAGGUGAAGGAUGCACCAAGUCCUAGCCCACCGCAGGAGACAGAAACACCAAGUCAUGAUCCACCCCAUGCUAAGGAGACAUCUAGUCCUGGUCCACCACAGGCCAAGGAGGAACCGAUCCCUGCUUCAGCACACGUUAAGGAGACCCCGACCCAUAUUCCAGCACAGGAAACUGAGACAACAAGUCCUGCUAUACCCCAGGUUAAGGCGACGUUGAGUCCUGCUCCACCGCCGGCCAAGGAAGCAACAAUUAGUGAACCCAAAAUAAAAGGAACCUCUAAGGUGGUUGAUAAUAAGAUGGAGGCCUUUGUUUCAGCCACAGACAUCGUGACUCUAAAAGGGAAUGAAGAACUUGCUAAAAUCACUCUGGAGAAAGGAGUGAAGGCACAUGAAGAAAGCCUUCCUGGUGUACAACCACAGAAUCUUGAAACAGUACCUUCUAUGGAGAAUGUUUGCAAACCAUCUCAAGACUCUCCAAACAAUGGCACCUCUCCUGCCAAAUCUGUAAUCCAAGCAGCUCAGUCUGCAAAUCAGACAUCUGGGGGACUUGGCUCGGGAAGUCCUAAAUCAGAGCAUAUGCCUUCAAACACAACAGAGUCAGUAAAGGGGAAGAUGUUUGGUUUUGGUUCAUCAAUCUUCAGCUCUGCAUCCACUUUGAUAACGUCUGCUGUCCAAGAAGAUUCACGUACAACACCACCAGGGUCUCGCAAGAUGUCUGCACCAGCUCAGGUUUCCCGCAAGAUGUCCACUACAACCGAUAUUUCUCAAAAAUCCACACCACCCGUCUCACCAAAACUUCUUCCCUCAAAGGACACCAAACCAACUCCUGUCAAGAAAGCGGAGCAAGAGAAGAACCCAGAACAGCCUCAGCAGGCUCCACCAUCACCAUCAGUACAGGCCAAAGUGGAAAAAAAUCCAUCAGAGCCUCUAAAGGUAGCGGCUUCCCAAGCUCUGCCUAAUGCAGGCCAGUCCACCUGUCCACUCUGUAAGGUGGGACUCAACAUGGGUUCCAAGGAUCCUCCCAACUUCAACACCUGCACUGAUUGUAAGAACACUGUUUGCAACCAGGACACCAAACCACCUCCUAUCCAGAAAGCAGAGCAAGAGAAGAAGCCAGAGCAACCUCAGCAGGCCAAGGCUUCACCAUCAGUACAGGCCAAAGUGGACAAAGCUCCAUCAGAGCCUCCAAAGGCAGCAGCCUCCCAAGCUGCUCCUAAAGCAGACCAGUCCACCUGUCCUCUCUGUAAGGUGGGACUCAACAUGGGCUCCAAGGAUCCUCCCAACUACAACACAUCAUCCCCAAAACUAUCAACUGCGAAGGACACCAAACCACCUGCUGUCCAGAAAGCAGAGCAAGAGAAGAAACCAGAGCAACCUCAGCAGGCCAAGGCUUCACCAUCAGUACAGGCCAAAGUGGACAAAGCUCCACCAGAGCCUCCAAAGGCAGCAGCUUCCCAAGCUGCUCCUAAAGCAGGCCAGUCCACCUGUCCACUCUGUAAGGUGGGACUCAACAUGGGCUCCAAGGAUCCUCCCAACUACAACGCCUGUACUGAUUGUAAGAACAAUGUCUGCAACCAGUGUGGAUUUAAUCCGAUGCCACAUUCUGCAGCAGAGGAAUGGCUUUGUCUGAACUGCCAGACUCAGAGAGCUCUGUCAGGACAGCUGGGAGACUCGAGGGAAAUGUCCCAUGUUUCACCUGCACCUGCCAAGCCUUUGAGACAGUCCACAGCUCCUCCCUCAAAGAUGGAACCCACCACUGCGCCCGCGCAGGAUGGGUCGGCAGCUCCCCCCACCAAGGCAGAGUCAACAGCCGUGGCCAAAAACGAAGAGUCUUCUGCGCUCACCGCUACGUCCGGCAAGCUGGUUGCCCGGCCAACAGAAACUCCAAUUCAGAAAGAAGAGUCUAAACCUCCUGUCCCGAAAGAGCAGGAGGAUCCUGUCAAACCAGAGGACACCACCGCCAGCGUAACAACAACAGGAGCGUCCCUUGAAACCAGGGCUGCAACAGUUCAACAAAAGGCAGAGAUCGCAGAUGUGGUUACUGCCAAAAUGGACAUCAUUACGGCUGUAUCUACAAACGAUAACACAAUGACCAUAAAAAUGGAAUGUCCUGCAACUAAGGAGGAGAAGGACGCUAAACCUAGCAUACCUGUUGCGAUUGCUGUGGCUGUCCCUGUGACUGAGGCCUUGGUAAGACCACCUUCUCUUGUUCAUGAAAAGGUCAGCACAGUACCUCCGGAGAUAACGCCUGCACCCACUCUGGCUGCUGAACACAUCAAUGAUCCGGAGAAGGUUGUCGAGGAAGAACAUGUGCAGCCCUGCAGUGUCACAUUGAUCGCAGAAGCGACAAAACCUUUAGGGCAGCAAGUCGAGGUCCAACAGGAGCAAGAUCAAAUGCAGCCAGCAAUGGGUCAAAGGCCGCUUGAUCUGCCGGUCAUCGUCACAUUGAAUGGCAAGGAAGUGGCUGAAAAGGACAAAAUCAUUACAGAGCACCAAUCAGCGGCCUCAGAUACAACCAUUUGUAAUGAUGAGUCCACAGAAGAGCCCAUUCAAGUGAGAAAAGCUUCUCUCUCUGCUGGACAGGAAAAUGUUAUCCUGACUUCAGAGCCAGAGUUAAAGACAAGCGAUGAGGAUCCAAACAGAAAAACAGACCAGUCACAAGUAGUUACAGAUGUGAGGGAAAUAGUCGAUAUUCCUGUUGAAGAUGCAAUCAACGAUUCAUCUCUGCAAAUAAAUGAGGCAGUUAAAGAGAGGAGACGCCUUAGUUUCCAACCAAUGGAGGAGAGCAGUGCAAGUGAGUUUUCACCUUCCCCUUCACCUCGAGUCCAGAGGAGAAGGCUUAAGAUUACCUCCAUCUCGUCAAGCAGUGAGGAUAUUAAAACGGAAAGUGCUGAAUCAUCUGCAGAGGAUGAAGACUUUAUCCGACAGCAGAUAAUGGGUAUGGGUGGUGAAGAGGAAAUGUCUCUCUCUGAGGACGAGAAAGACAGGAAACUGACAAGCGAUGAAGCCGUCAUUGAGGUUGGAGUUGAUAAUGCUCCAGUGACAACCCAGCAACAGCUGACUAAAGUGGAUACAGAUAAUGAAGACCAACUGGCAAGGAGGAUGUCCCAGCCAGAGAUAGAUGCUGGAAUCACACAAGAUGUCCCUGAAACGGCGCCAUCCACUGUUAUCAAAAAGGCAACGCCAGUGACGAGAAUGAGACAGAGUACUGAUGAAGAUGUUGAAAGUAUCACUGAAUCUCUAUCGAAGGGCUCAUCAAGCGUUCAGGCAUCUAGCUUCACUCCAGAGAAUUCUCACACGUCCGCCUCUUCUCUGGAGGAGGAUAGUGACAGCAGCCCGAGUCACAAAAAAGUGGACAAGCACCACCGCAAAGCAAAGCACAGGCAACCAGGCCAAACUCUCCCCACCAUUGCAGACUCUUCUGAGGAGGAUGAGGUAAAGGAAGAAAGGGAGAUCUUUGGAGAUCAACAAACUACAAAAGAUGGUGACCAUGUUGAAAAAAGGAUUACCAAGAAGUCUCGCAAAGACAAAGACGAAUUUAAAUCCCAAAGAAAACACGCUGAAUUAGUUUCAACAACAAGCUAUGCCUCUCCACUGGAGGAUACUUCACAUUCAGACGAUUUCCCUCGGUCCAAAGCGAUUGGGGAAGCCAACAUGACCACUAGCUCAGAGAACUGUAGCAGUGUAGAACAUGAACCAGAUGCCACUGUUGAUGUGCAGACAGGAAGCAAGCCCUCACCAACAGUCAUACCAAUGAUCCCUGCUGAUCAAUCUGGCAAUAUCUUUAUGAAACAUUUGAAGAGUGCAGAUGAAGUAUAUGAGGACAUUAUUCAGAAAAGUAGAGCUAUACCUGGGGACAGCCCUCCCAGCGUUGAGCCACUUUAUGAAGGAAUGACAAUUGAAGACUACCUAUACGAGUCUUUAGUUGUGGAACCUGAAUUCAAACUAGAUGAUGCCCAACAGAUGGGACAAAUUGAUGACACUAGCUUUGAGUCUGUAAAGAAACUCAGGUCCCCAGAGGACGUGUACGAGGAAAUGAUGCAGAAGAAAAGGGAACUGAUGAUGAUAGAAGAAGAGUUCCAACAGGCCCAAACUGCCAUGGAAUCCUCCACAUCCGAUACGUCUAUUAACGUUCUAUCCCCAGAUGUCGAGACCUGUGUGGUGACCAUCAUCACAGAACAGCCAACCCCUCCGGAUGAAACUGAAAGGAUUAUCUACGUGGCUGAUUAUGACAAUGAUCUAACGGUGAAGAAAAAGAAGCGACCAGCUCCACCUCGGCCCUCUGCUCCGCCUAAACGGGUGGGGGAGAGGACUGAGGUAACGAGUGCCCCCACCACACCAACUGGAAUAGGCUUUGUUAGGCCAAUGACACCUCAAGAUCCUACUCUCAGGAAAUCUCUGUUCCCUAUACCAGAUCUCAAGAUAACCCAAUGUUCGUCUGGUGAGGAUGAGGAGGACAGUUUCGCAGAGGAAUAUGGUGUUGGUAUGUCAUCUGAUAUUACUCCCAGUGAUGAUUCUGAUGCUAAAGAUGAGCCCAGUGCUAGCCCAACGUUUUCAGAAUAUGACAUGGAGCCUAUCAGUGUAGUGUGUGAGAUUCCAGAGGCUAGGCCUAUCCCAAAUCCAAUAUCUGCCCCGGAGUUAAUCACUACACCUUCCUCAGUAUCAUCGGUAUCCCCCCCAACUUCACCACCAACUCCAGACUUCAGUUUAGCAUCAAAUGCCACAUCUUCGUCAGAAGGAACCCCAUUGUCUACACCAACGCCACCAACUGCUGUUGUAGCCCAGCCUCAAGCUAACAUGUCUCAGCCAUCAAUGGCCCCAAUUGUAGCUUUUCCAUCAACUGAAGAAUUAGUUUAUUCUCUAAAAUCCGUUAUAGUUACAAUACCAGAUGUGGUAUCCGACCCAGAGAGAUUUUAUGCAACAGUUUCAGGUCCAAAUGAGGUUUCUCAAGCUAGUAGUCUAAAUCAAUACUCAAAACAGAUUGCAGAACAUGUAGCUGGACUGGUGUUCAGCCAUAAACCAGGGGAAAGUGUCAAACCACCUGCUCAUCCUGUGGCUCACAAAGCUGCAACACUUCCAAGAACAAGAGAACCCCCGAACGCUUUGUCAUUCAGUUUGACUAGACCCGUAGAAUCUAGACUGAGUGCCACGUCUCCGAAGUCUCCGUUGUCACCUAGACAUGGUAAAUGUUUGCAAACCUAUGUAGUCAUAACUCUUCCGUCUGAGCCUAGCUCACCAACUGAGAGCAUAACUGUUCAGGCUCCAGUAAGGAGAGGGUCGAUUUCUGCAACAAGAAUUUCAGGAGUACGUACCACACCAACAGAGCAAAACAGAUUCACUGAGGUCUUUUCUGCCCCAGCGACAUUAUGCAGGGCAUCGGUGCCCACUAUAAGACAUACACCUCCAAUAUCAGUAGUUACAUCUGCUGUAGAAGCGCCAGUCCUAGUCUCUGAUUCAAGUACUGUUACUGCCCAAAUACAGAGAAACACGAAUCAAGCUCUAGCAGAGCAACAUCUCUCAUCAGUGCCUUCUGCCAUGGCAGAGACAUCAGGUCAGCAAGAUCUAAUUCAAUCUUACAGUGUUCCACCUCCUAUCAAGAAACCAUAUUUACACCUGACAGCAAAACAAAUGGAGCCAUUUUCUCAACCAGCUCCAUUGACGUCUCAAUUCAUCACAAUGCCUCUAGAGCCGGCGGCUCCUGUUGAACCCCGUGCUGUCCAAGUCAUUGCCCUAACACCAUCUAUUCCCUCUGGAGAAUCAGAAGUCAUAGACAUUACAUGUGAAACAUCUGUGGUUGAAAUACCUACUGAAGUGCUUUCUGUGGCAGAAAACAUCACACAACAACAGCCCAGAGAAAUACCUGUUCCUCAUUAUGUGAGCCAAGAAAUACAUGUUGAAUAUCCACAAGAGGCUACUCCAAGUAAUUUCACUAUGCUCGCAAGCGCAGUACCCAUUCCAUUGGCGGCCCGUCAAGUAUCAUCACCGGUAUCUGCGAUGUAUGAGGAUAUUUUCAUACCAACAGAGGUCAUAUCUCACAAGGCUGUUUCUGAAAUACCAUUACAAGAAGUGGUGCAGCAUUCAGUUGUGCAUAGAGCACCCACUGGAGUUGAUGCAGUGACCCCCCCUCCAAAAGUUGAGUUGGCUACAGAGGUUAUUUCAACUCAUGUCGGAGUUCCAGCAUUACUCGCAGCUUCACCAUUUACUCCUGAUGCUUCAGUGGCUUUCCCAUUAACUGGUGUACAUACAGCAAUGACAGUAGUUCCAGAAAUUAGACCAACCCCUGUUGUUAUGGAAGAGACACUAAUGCCAUUGUAUCAAGCGAUACCUCCUGCCAUUUACAACACACUGGCAUAUGUAUCUGCACCUCCAGUGAUGCCACCAGCGGCAACAGUAGUAGAUGCUAUUCUGAUGCACCCUGUAUAUGAGAUACCUACAGAGAUCAUACCAGAACCGGUAAUCGAGCAUCAGAGAGUAACUAGUGCAAUGGUUUUCCUACCACAGUCCGAAAUACAAAUUGGUGUUAUUAAAACUGAGGCCAUAACUACAAGUAGAAGAACUUCUAUAUCAUCAAUAGUUCAACCAUCAUACACCAUGGGUGAGAUGUCUAUCUACCCCUCAGAAUAUGACAUCCCAACACAAGUGGUCACAACAGACGCAAUUGCUACCACCAGACGGGAAUCAAUCACCAUGCAACAGCCAUUCCCACUGGCACAUGUGGGAACUACACCAAAAAUGGAAAUACCUCUGGAUGUAUAUGGCUCUCCUCAAAACCUGUACAACAAAGAUUAUGUUCAUUUUGUGCACCAACCACAUGUGUUAACAUACUCCCCAUGUCUUCAUGAUGCUCCUAAAGAUAUUUUAACUUCUGGAGGUUAUACAAGAAGAACCUCCAUACCUACAGUCCAGGAAAUGCAUCAGUCAGUGCCUGUGGCCCCAGUCCUCAUCACUGAGAUUCAUCAAGAUUCUAUCGAGAGCCAGAAGGUACAGAGUCACAUGUACUCUUCCUCCAUCUCCACCUCAGGUCAGCCUCCGGAAAACCUUCAGAGUAGAGUGACGAAGGUGGUUACCACUGAAGUUCAGAGGACCACUGUGUCGGUUGUCCAUGAAAGACUACCACAGGUCAUUCCACCGAGUGUCGAAAUAACAAUACAACCCGAAAUCACGAAGGUUCAAACCCUGCAAAAACCGAAUGGGAAGGGGGUCUAUCCCAGUGAUGUUAUUGAUCUGCGCACAAUGAAGGUCGGUGUCAAGAUGACUGACAGUGGCAUGGAUCUAACCCCUACCCACUCCCGCCGACAGUCAUUUUCUAGCGACUCUAGUGGUAGACAAAUCACAGCUGUGCAGCCUGAGAUAGUGAACCUUAGUCCAGUGAUUACCACAGCUACAACUCUCUCAGUUGUAACUGAUAGCAUAACAAUAGUCACAUGCACCGCCACCAUUGCAUCAUACAGCACUCCGGCAGAGAGGCCUCUGGACUUACAGGGCUGCAUAACCUCUAUGCCUUUGGCUCUCGCCACAGGCAAAACAUUUGAGCCAAUGGCACAAAUUGUGUACAGGCCUCUGGACCCCCUACCUGUUGCACCUGUUAGCACCAUGGCAAGUAUUCAAGACGCACCCAUGAAUCUUUCUUUCGGAGCCAUUACCCCUGUUUUUGAAAGACACACUUCAGUUUCUGUUGGCAAUGGAUAUCCCGUCAUUUCACUGGAGGCUACUGGUGCCAUGGAUCUAUCAAACUACAAACCGAUGAGGGCAAUUGUAGCUUAUUCUAGCACGAGUCCUGGAGUGGUCACCACUGUUGUGGAGGAUGAUGAUGCCUCUCCAGUGGAUUUAACAGCUGCGAGAAGAAGUGUGUGCUGUGAUGUCAUCUAUAAACUACCAUUCACCAGAAGCUGUAGAACACAGCCACCAGUUACCGCCCAGCCCGACAACCGCCUCGGGUACAGAGACUACCACUACAAUACUGUAGCGACAUUCGGUGUCAAAGGAGUGGAUAUAAUUAAAGCCUCUGCAUCUGAGACAAAUCUGGCAGAAUCUGGACUUUUUAGCUAUGAGCCAAAGAAUGGCUUUGCAUACUUUAGUGGAUCAUCGGAUGGAGCAGUAGACCUAACACCGUCUCAACUUUCUGCUGGUACAGCCAUAGACUACACCAGCAAAGCAGCGGAAGAAUAUGCUGGGAUGGCCAUGGUUCCAUAUUCCCAGAUCCCUGCAAUUGGAUAUGGCGUAAAUAAUACAUUAAGGACCUCCGAUGGAUUUGUGUACUCCUCUGUAUCAGCCCCAAUCCAAUCCUAUGCUGUAACUACUCAGCCUGGCUCAAUUUUCAGUGCUACCUUACCUUCUACAACCGCCCUCCAGAACCAACUAGUGCCACACCCCUAUGGCUUCCUUUCCACCCCAGAUCCUAGCCAGAUCAUUCCUCUUGACGUUGGGCUGCAUAAGGAGCUGGUGCCAUCAGCCCUCUCUGAACUUCUCACUGGCUACCCUGAAAUGUACUCAGACACGACCCUGGAAGCCAUUGCAGCUUCCCUCGACGCUCUGGCCUCCUCGCCUAUGUUCCCCGGUCUGGACAACACCAAGAUGGCCCAGUAUCAAAUGGAGAGGGAGUUUCUGGAAUUAGAGAAGCUGAAGCAGCUUUGCUUGGCUGAAGAACUUGAGUGGGAGAGGCACGAGAUUCAGCGUUACCGGGAACAAGAGCAGUUGAUGGUCCAGAGAGAGCUUGAGGAGCUCCAGUCGUUGAAACAGCAGCUUCUAUUACAGCAAGAGGAGGAACAUCAUGCGCAUAUGGUCGCUCAGCAGGAGACGUAUACUCAGCAGAAAGAGCAGCUCCAACAAAUACAGCAUCUCCAACUGCAGCUCCAGCAGCAACUGGAUGACCACUAUAAGACCUCAGGUAGCCCAGGCAACCUCUUAGAUGCUAAAUAUGCAGGCGUAGGGGAUAAUGGCCAGUACUGGCCUGUUAGAGAUGAGGGUACAAGUCCCAUUCCAAGAGGGGUACAAUUAGAUGGAUGCCAGGAUCAGCGGAUCAAGAAGCUUUCAGAUGGUUCUAGGCAGGCAGAUCAGGACACAGGGCGGAAGAUAGUGGAUAGUGGUGUACAGACAGACGACGAAGACUCCCCAGACAAGCAGCAUGUCGGGAGGAAAAAGAGAAACAAGAGAAAUGAUGACAGCAGUGCCCAGACGGACGAUGAAGAUCAGGACGAGUGGGAUACGCCCACGCGUUCUCGGCGGCGGACCCGUAAGCACAGUGGCGAAGGGAAACAUGCUUCGAGAGUAUCCAGCAUAGCGAUCCAAACCGUGGCAGAGAUUUCCGUUCAGACCGAUCACUCUGGCUCCCUCAAAAGGCCCAACAUGCAGAUGGAUACUAAGGUUGAAAUCAUCAAGCACAUCUCAGCCCCCGAAAACUCCAAGAGAGGAGGCAGUUUGAGCUGUCAAACAGACUCAGACAGAAGGCACCCUGAGAUUGGAUUUACAGCACAUUUUAUCACAGAUACCCCUGCAAAAACAAGGGUAAGCUACUCCCCUGUCUCGCCACUGUCCCCGGAUAAAUCGAUGGGAGGCAAGAAGAUGCUGACUGCUGACCCAUCCAGGUUUUCCUCGAGCCCCAGGAUGCUGAAGCCAGGGCAGAAAUCUUUGUCCGAUCCCAAGUCACUCAGUCCGAGCACUGAUGAGAGGAUCAGUGGAUACUAUGACAGCUUUACUGGCCGAUGCUCUCCUUCUGGCACCGGUAAGAAAGUGAAGCGGACUCUGCCUGACCCCCCCCCUGAGGACGACUCCCUGACCGGCCGGUCAGGCUACAGCACCAACUCCGCCCGCCGCCGGCUCGCCCGCAACACAACGAUGGCGCGGGCCAAGAUCCUGCAGGACAUCGAUAAGGAACUGGAUCUGGUGGAGAGAGAAUCCUCCAAGCUCCGUAAGAAACAGGCAGAACUGGAUGAAGAAGAGAAAGAGAUUGACGCCAAGCUACGGUACUUGGAGAUGGGCAUUAACAGACGGAAGGAUGCCCUGCUGCAGGAGAGAGAGAAGAGAGAAAGGGCCUACCUCCAGGGGGUGGCCGAGGAGAGAGACUACAUGUCCGACAGUGAGGUCAGCAAUAUCAGAGAGACGAGGGGCGAGGGGCGGGAAAGGCCCCGUACGGCUCCCCAGUCCGAGUUCGACCAGUUCAUCCCUCCGCAGACGGAAGCUGACUCCCAGUACUCCACCCUCACCAGUCCCUACUCCCACUAUGCACAGUAUGCGCCUCAAACCCAGACCACCAGCCAUUACACGCAGCAGAACAUUUACCCGCAGCAGUCACACUACCACGACCAGGUGUCCCCCUACCAAACCGUAGCUGACCAUUCCCUCGGCCAGUCCCAGCACAGCAGUUACCAGCACGCGCUGCUCCUGCAGUCGGGGAAGCAGCGACAGACCAACAUCUCUGACCUGGAGCCGAAGAUCACCACCAACUACGAGGUGAUCCGGAACCAGCCUCUGCUCAUUGUGCCAGCCUCCACAGACAGCGGCUACGAGGUGGCCCAUCUGGGGGGGAAAUACGGAAGCCUUGACCUGAGGCUGGGGCUAGAGGAGAGGAGCAUGGCCUCCAGCCCCAUGUCCAGCAUCUCCGCUGAGUCCUACUAUGCGGAUAUAGAACACCACAAUGCCAGGAACUAUGUGUUGAUUGACGACAUAGGCGAACUGACCAAGGGAUCCACAGGGUUGGGUUCUGCCGGCCUGGGGUCUGGGUUCAGCCUGCCUGAUAAGGACCUGUCCAAGGCGGAUAGACUGCUUCGAGCUGCAGAGGCCAGACGCACAGCAGAGGUCGCAGAUUUCUUAGGGCAGUCUCGGCUGCAGGGUUAUGUGAAAGGGGACGACGACACCAUGGAAGAGCCUUAUGAGCUGAAGCUCCUGAAGCAGCAGAUCAAGCAGGAGUUCCGACGAGGAACCGAGGGACUGGAACAUCUCACAGGUUUGGGCCUGCCUCAAUACCUCCCUAGUGACGCCAACUUCCGUCAUUUCCCCAAAGGAGAAAAGUACAGCAUUGGCAGACUGACCCUGGAAAAACAGGCUGCAAAGCAAUUACCUGCCGCCGUUCUUUACCAGAAACAAGUCAAAAAUAAAAAGGCCCAGAUAGAUCCAAAAGCGAUCACCAAAUGUUCCCCUAUUCAAGAGAAUCGCGAUCUUGAACCCGACUACGGUAGCUAUAUGGGCUCUGGAUCCUCGUCUGUGACUAACCUAGCUGCCAGGGCCAGGUUGCUGCAGGAUGAGAUCACGUUCGGGCUCAGGAAGAACUUAUCCGAACAGCAGAAAUACCUGGGCUCGUCUCUGGGGGCCAAUCUGUCUGGCUCUCUCAACCAAGGCCAGGCCCUGGGCCUGGGCCCCCCCAUGCGGUCCUCCGUCCAUGACGACGGAACCUUCCCCAGCGGGAGCCGCUCCCGGCCCUCCUCCCGGCCCUCCUCGCGGCCGUCCUCCGUCUACGGUUUGGAUCUGUCCCUCAAGCGAGAUCUGUCCAGCUCUUCUCUACGGCUGAAAACGGAAGGGGAGGUCCUGGACGCGGCGUUCGCCCCCGGGGUGGCCAGGGCCAAACCCACCAGCCUGCCCAUCAGCCAAAGCCGCGGGCGUAUCCCCAUCGUGGCCCAGAACUCGGAGGAGGAGAGCCCCCUGAGCCCCGUGGGCCAGCCGAUGGGCAUGGCCAGGGCCUCGGCCGGCCCCCUCCCCCCCAUCUCCGCCGACUCCCGGGACCAGUUCGGCUCCAGCCAUUCGUUGCCAGAAGUGCAGCAGCACAUGAGGGAGGAGUCUCGCACGCGAGGUUACGACCGAGACGUUGCCUUCAUGAUGGACGACAUGCAGGGCGCCAUGUCUGACAGCGAAGCCUACCACCUGAGGCGGGAGGACACGGAUUGGUUUGAUAAGCCCCGAGAAGGACAUCCGCAGAGUGGACACAUGCUGGACAAGAGACAGAUGAGGCUCAUCACGUACGCCUUCCCUCACACCCGGGUUACCCUCAAGAGAGACCUUAAGGACUCCAGUGUGUCAGGGAACGGUCUGGGGAUCCGAGUGGUUGGUGGGAAGGAGAUUCCCGGGAGCAGAGGGGAGAUAGGUGCCUAUAUCGCCAAGGUCGUUCCUGGUGGAGUAGCCGAAAGCACCGGGAAGAUCGUGGAAGGAAUGCAGGUGUUGGAGUGGAAUGGCGUCCCUCUGAUGGGGAAGACGUAUGAGGAGGUGCAAUGCAUUAUGGGCCAGCCAUGUGCAGAGGCGGAGCUCUGCGUCCGCCUUGACCUCAACAUGCUGUCGGACCACCCUCAGGCCUUGGAUAACCAUGCGAUGCUUAAAGCCGGCGGUCAGCGGUCCCCGGGCGUGGACCCCCAGCAGUUGGCCGCCGAGCUGCAGAAGGUGUCCCUGCAGCAGUUCCCGGGCGUGGCCGGAGCAGGGCCCCAGAGCCAGGGGGGGCUGGGCGUGCUCUCCGCCCUGGAGCGCUCCACGCUGCUGCACUCGGGUCCCGGGUCGGCCGCGUCCAGCGGCGUGCCCAGCCCCGGCCAGCCGGGCUCUCCCGCCAUCAGCAAGAAGCAGCGCCACAACGCCAAGUCAACUGAGACGUUGAGGACCCAAUCCCAACUGGUCACUGGAGAAAUCCAGCUCCAGAUCAACUACGACAGGAACCUGGGAAACCUGAUAGUCCACGUUCUGCAGGCCAGGAACCUGGUUCAGCGGGAGAGCAACAGCUACUCAGAUCCCUUCGUCAAGGUCUACCUGCUACCUGGAAGAGGUGAUGAGAACAAGAGGCGGACCAAGUAUGCCCAGAAGACCCUGAACCCUGAAUGGAACCAGACAGUCAUCUACAAGAACAUCCACCUGGAGCAGUUGAAGAAGAAAACGUUGGAAGUCACAGUGUGGGACUAUGGCAGAUCGUCCUCCAAUGACUUCCUGGGCGAAGUGAUGAUCGACCUCUCGAACACUGCUCAGCUGGACAACACGCCCCGCUGGUUGGCCCUGAUGGAGCAGAGCGAGAGCGUGGAGCCGAACAGAGUCCAGCAGCACCACCACUCCACCCAGGACCCCCCGGGGUCCGGGGCCGGCCAGCCCAUGGGGCAUAUGUCCCUGGGCCCCGGGAUGAUGAUGGGGGGGCCCGGCCAUGGUAUGACCCACAGCCACCGUGACCAGGGACAGGGAGACGGUGGCCAAGAGUCCCCCAAGAACUCUGUGAUCAAGAGCAGAAGCCACGGGAUCUUCCCAGACCCAGCCAAAGACAUCCUGAUGACCCCCCUGGAGAAGUCCCACAGCAGCCCCGGCAGCUCCAAGUCGUCCUCGGAGGGCCAGCUACGCUCCCACGGGCCGUCCCGCAGCCAGAGCAAGAGCAGCGUCACUCAGGCCCACCUGGAGGACGCCGGCAUCGCCAUAGCGGCCGCCGAGGCCGCCGUGCAACAGUCCCGCCUCCAACCAAGGCCGGGCCACCGUCUGGGAGACGUCUCGGGGUCUGUAGUUCUGUCCGCCCCCAGCCUGGUAGGGGACGGGUACGGCACCCUGGACAGAGAGGACGCCGCGGGCACUGGCAUGGACAGCGCCAUCUUCCAGGUGCCGCGGAUCGGUAAGACCAUUACCAACGACACGGACGACCACCGGCUCGACACUCUAGAAAAUGAAGGCGGUAAAACCCAGAUGAUGGGGGAGAUCAAGGUGGCUCUGAAGAAGGAGGUUAAGACCGACGGAGACCAGCUGGUCUUGGAGGUGCUCCAGUGCAGGAACAUCACCUACAAGUUCAAGAGCCCGGAUCACCUCCCUGACCUGUACGUGAAGCUGUACGUGGUGAACGUGGCCACACAGAAGAGGAUCAUCAAGAAGAAGACCAGGGUCUGCAGGCACGACCGGGAGCCCUCCUUCAACGAGACCUUCCGCUUCCCGCUCAACCCCACAGGACACUCCAUACAGCUCUUCCUCGUGUCCAACGGAGGAAAGUUUGUGAAGAAGACUCUGAUCGGGGAGGCCUACAUCUGGCUGGACAAGGUGGACAUGAGGAAGAGGGUCGUGAGCUGGCACAAGCUGCUUGUGAGCACCAAUCAGAGCAACCUCUGAGGAUGAGUAUGAUGACGAUGACGAUGACGAUGACGAUGAUGAUGAUGAUGAUGAUGAUGAUGAUGAUGGCAUCACGUCAUCAAGCAAGAGAG